AUGAAUGACUCUCUUGUCAACUCUAGUCUCCCCCUUAACCACACCACUUCAAGCUCUGGACGCCCGCUCUGGUACCAGUAUGAUUAUUGCAAAGAUGUGGCAGGUGGGUUUUUUUUCUACUAUGCUGUCAAGCUGUUCAAUCUGGUGGUAGGAUUCCCGGCAAAUGCAUUGGUGAUGUGGCAGGUGAUGAGGAAGAAGACCGAUUCCUCCACGUCAGACAUUUUCAUCUUCAACCUGGCCAUCUUUGAUGCCUACUUCUGUCUUAUGACCCCUAUUGAACUGGUGAACCGUCUAAUACUGAACGACAGUGGCAUCGGGUACUUCCAGCGUUUCGCCUAUGGGAUCAAGGAUGUCAGCCCACUCUUCCUCACCUGUAUCUGCCUGGACCGCUAUGUCGCCGUCGUACACCCAAUCGUCUUCACUGGAAUCAGGGACAACAAGAUCAGGAUCGCCUUUUCCCUGCUGGUUUGGGCACUUGCUCUUGCCUACUCUCUGACCAAGUCAAUCCUUGGGGUUGGCAGCACAACAUAUGCAUUUACUGGGCUGAUCCUCUCCGCCUUCUUCAUCAUGGUCUUUUGUAACCUCUCCAUCAUUUGGGUUCUGAGGAGGUCGGUAAUAGGAAAAGAAGAGAUGCACCCAAUGAAGAAGAAAGCCUUCAGGAUGGUCAUCAUAGUUUUGGCUAUCAUUGUCUUUAACUACCUGCCCCCAGUGGCACUUUUUCCCUUCAGGCCAUACUAUACCUUGGUAUCGUUCAAUUGCCAGAUUGCCAUAACCGUAUUCUCAAUCAUGGACCUCAGCUGCAGCAUUGAGCCCGUGCUCUACAUGUCCAAGAUGGAGACACCGACAUGCUUUGCCAAUGCCCCCUGCAGCUGCUGCAAAAGCCCCAUGAAGCAGUCAUAUAACGUCAAUACCUGA